AUGGCUUCGAUUCGACGAUAUGUUAUACGCAAAAGGCGAUGCUUCGUGCUUCUUUUAUUCAGCUGCCUAUUGUUAACUUUGCUGAGCUCCUGGUUUCGCAUGAUGUUAGGCUAUGGAGAAGAUCAACCAUUGGAAGAGAACAUUGUAGUGCCCCGAGUGGAACCGAAAUAUAAUGUUCUGGAACCCCCACAUUUUCAUGCUAACGAGAGCAGCUAUUCAGAAAGACGAAUCGGCACAGAUUCUGAACUAUCUUUUGAAGCCAGGAAAGCAACAGCAACAGUUAAUACCUCUUCCAAAACAGCCACAAUGGUUCCCACAAAAGGAACUUUCCAGAAUCAGUCUGAAGAUAUUGAGGUUGUGAAAAACAAAACCUUAUCCCAAAUGGGUGUGCUCGAUGGGAAAGAAAGCGCAAAAACAAUACCCAAAAUAGUUUUUCUGAGGAAGAUAUGGAAUUUGUCGGUUUCCUUUGACGACAUUGGCAACAUCAUGAAAGAUACAUCAUUCCUGAACAAACUGAGACCUUUGAACUUGAGUGGUCCCAUGCUGACCAGUAGCCGCAACAGGACUUCUAACUUCAGCUUGGCAAUGCCAUUGAAGAUGGGCUACUGCGAUUGCUGGGAGCACUAUUGUUCUUGUUGUGUUCAGCUGGUCAGUGCUCAACUCCACCUCAGCAACAAGACUUGUGCCAAUUUUAGUUUUGCUUCCAAGACUCAUGAGAUGAAUGUAACAUUCACUAUUGAUAGUAAGCCUGUCUACAAUGGAAUCAUAUCAGCUGAUGCCCCUCCACUUCUGUGCCUGGGAUCUACCCCAGCUGUGGCAGAUAUGUGUGUUCAUUUCUUUAACAUGACCUACCGGGUGGAUCGCCUGGGUCUGCACAAAAGCCAGAUUCUUGGCUGUGCUGACAUGAGCCUCAACAUUUACAACAAAACCAUCAGUGUCUUCCCCGUGGACUGUUUCCAGAUACCAGGAGACCCCAACCAUCACCAGAAAGAAGAGCAUAUCAUUUUACCCAACUUUGUCCCUUGA